AUGUGGAUCCUACCCUUGGUAGGGUAUUUGGGGGUCAUUGUCGGGUUCGCUUUCCUUACCUUAGCGAUAGCCUCCGGCCUUUACUACCUCUCGGAGCUUGUGGAGGAGCAUACAGUUCUUGCCCGUCGGCUGUUGUACCGGCUGAUAUACAGCAUCAUCGCCGUUCAGAUCCUCCUCUACGUAUUUGACCGAUUUCCUUUCUCCUUGACCGCCCUCAGCAUCGGCUCGCAUAUCGUAUAUGCCAGCAAUCUCCGCCGGUUCCCCAUAGUCAAGUUGUCCGACCCUCUCUUCAUCCUGUCAUGUGGGCUCGUCGGUUUGAAUCAUUGGCUUUGGUUUCGCCAUUUUUCACAGCCAUUACCUUCAUCGCGCGGCGCCACAAGCUGGCGCCAGCCGUAUCAGAUUAAUGUGGAGGAUAUGCCCACCUUCACGGAGGUUGCGUCUUACUUUGGACUCUGUGUCUGGCUGGUACCAUUUGCGCUCUUCGUCAGCCUCAGCGCGGGCGAUAAUGUCUUGCCUACUAUGGGCUCCGAGUAUGCCACAGGUGACCGUGUGCCUACUUCGGGGUUUACCCCGGGUACGUUUUCGUCCGAUGGCAAGUCCAAGAACAAGGGAAUGGCCAAGGCCCUGGUGGAUGGUGUGCGGGACUGGGUUAAGGAUAACGGGGAAUUGAUGGGUUUCUGGAAAGGUGAACGGGCAAAAGGCUUCUAG